AUGUCAUCUGAUGUUUAUCGUGGUGCAAAUUUUCAGUUUGCAUAUUAUUUUAAACCCACUGAAGCUAAACAUUCGGUAUUAACAAAGGAAAAGAAUUUUAUUUUUCCAUCAUCUGAAAAACUUGCAUCAAAACGAGACAAACAUAAUAAAAAUAACAAUGAUAACGAAGAAGACGUGAAGCCAAUACUUGAAAUUGGAUAUCGAGGAUUUAAUGUUUUUAGAAAGUCUUUAAUAAUGGUCAUAGAACCACGUAAUAAUGUUAUUGAAUAUGGUAGAAAUAUUGAUCUUAUUUCUGCAAUGAAUAUUGAUGACUAUGUUGUUACAGAAAGAGAAGAAUUAGGAGGUGAGGAUUGUGGAGAAGUAAGUGAGGAGAAAUGA